AUGCGGGAGAAGACAACAUCGGCAGCAACCCCCAUGCGAUGUCGCAAGGAAUUGGCCGCGACGUUGACGCGCACGCGAAACUCGCCACGGACUCCCGUGACGUUUGAAUUGGCAACGGAACGUGGUCUUCACAAUUUUUCGCGCCGCGGCCCGCGGGUGCGUGCGAAGUCUUCCAUUGCCGUUCAUGCCGCCACGGCGUCGCCCCUGUCGCUCUUGGAACAGACGCUUUGGACAGAAAUAGAGCAACUCAACGCGGCCACCAACCGCCUACGGGAGCGAAUUCUUGAGGUGAAACGCGAGUUUUCUGCAGACGCCAUUGCGGCUGUUACAGGAGGGGAGCCACUUCCUGUAGAAGCUCGAACAGGUGGCUUAUUUCGGAAUCCGCCGAAGCAACGGGGGCAAAAUUCAAAGGAUGAACCGCCCUAUGCCGUGACUUUUACUCCCAGCCAUUCUCAAAAAAAGGCCGCCAACGUGCGGCUGCAAUUUACUUCACCACGUAAGACUCCAAUGAAGGAGAAUGACAGCAGUGUGUUGACGUCGUUGGCGAUGUUUGAGUACACCCCACAGAAUGAUGAUCACCGUGAAGGUGCUCGCCCGACGGAAAAUAGAAAUGUUUUGCAGGAAUUGAAGCGUGAUGAAACUUUUGAGACGGGUACUCCCGUUCAUCUUUCUGAGGCGGCUACGAUGGGCGGACCAUUUGUUGUUGAUCUACAGAAAUCUGAUCACGGUGCCGCAAAUAACACGGCUGAAAAACCAACGGAAUUAUCAACGAGUGUGGAUUCGGCUCGAGAAUCCGCCAAACAUUUGCUUCUGCAAGCAAACAUGAUGGGCGUGGAACAGGACCUGAAUCACUACAUGUCUGACCUUCUCGCUAUCCAGCGUGAUACCCUUGACGCCCAAAAGCGCGGCCUGAUAGAUCCAAAUGAUUCAUCUGUUCGUGAAUUGCGCCUCGGCAUACGAGAUGAACUCAACGCGUGUCGUGCGCGCAUAUUGACCCUUGAAUCUCUCCAGACCUCAUUGUCUGCUGGGGUUGCUACAAAGAAAACCAUUUCUUGA